GCUGCUACCAACUCAGCAAACCGUCGACUAUGGUAUCCGAAUCAAACUCAUGUACCUAGGUACUUGGCCUGUCAUGCGGACAUCUUGUUUCCUCCACUAACACUCACCGAUGGAUGUUUGGAUGAGCGUUCAGGUGGUCUUGGCCAGGGGUAUGGUCGCCCUCUGAGUGGCGGACCUUGUCUUUGACCAAUUUCACGUCGAUUCGUACCGAAUCUUGCUAACUAGCAAGAUUCAAUGUCGAUAUAACUCCAUCGCCCCCAUCAUCCUGUCCUAUUUCUCUCUUCCAGACUUGCCAAUACAUCACAGAUUGAUGCAGUCGUUGCUCUGGUGGUCCACGUUCAUUACUAGACAUUCAUUACUCCACGUUCAUUACUCGUUGAAUCCACUCGUUUCCCCAUACCGCCAGCUGUUUUACCGCUCCCCUUCCCUACUAUAGCCCACCCCACACAUAGGAAAUGCGUCCUUACACAAUCAUAAACGGCCUCACGGCCCUAGCAUCCGUAACAGCAGCCGCCGCCGUCCGCCCCCGAACCGGCCCCUCCUCCAACCCAGGCAUAGACCUAACCAACGCCUCAGACAAGGAAGCAACCUACUUCUUCUGCAACAACAUCUCCAACGGCGACGGCACAGCCGACCCGGGCAUCCCCUGCACCAACAUGGUGACAAAAGUAACCGUCAAGCCCUCACGGACCGCGUCCGUGUCCCUCGGGGCGGACUUCAAGGGCCGCAUCGUCCGCGCCACCGACAUGCCUGCCACGUGGGUCGAGGUCCAGAUCAGGGCGGACGAUGGCAACGCGUGGGGGGACGUGAGCCUGCAGGCCGGGUGCGACGGGGCUGCCACCGUGGCGCCGGCGGACGGGGGUGGCAGCGGUGCCAAGGUUGGGUUCGAGGGUACGGAUGUUGUCGGGGCGGCGCCUGAGGCGGCCAAGACCACGCGCGAGGGGGACGGGGAGACUGUUAUCGCCACGCCUUGGAGCAUGGGAAAGAUUUUGAACCAGGAGGCUGUGGGUUAUCUGAAGCAGAAGGUUGGGGUUGAGAAUGCGUACAUUGAUAAUGUGUGGGGGACCGAUGUUGCUGUUAGUUCGAAUAAUCGGUUGGCUGUUGUAAUGUUUUAAGUUUUGGCAGUGGGCUGACUGGUUUCGCUUCUAUUCUAUUCCGCAGAUGUGAGGGUCUCUUUUGGGCGGGAUACCUGGGUAGGUGUAUGUAUGGACGUAUGGCUUCUCGUUCUACCUCAACAUAAGGUACAGCACCAAAUACUGGGGUUUUUUGGCCCAGGCUGCCCCCUACUGACUAGUCUUGAUAAACAUCAGUGAUUGAACGACAUACCGAUGAUCGCAAUUCCCCUUGGUAUUAUUAUUUAUUAGAUUCAUCUUUGAAGCUGAACUCAGUCACCGGCCAUUGCAAUAUUUGCGUUCGAUUGGCGCUAAGGGAAUUUGAAGGCCUGUUGAGAUGUCCGAGUUUAGUAGUUCACUCCGAGCAAAUGUAACUAUGGGCUGCUUCGAUCAACCCCUUAGUACUUCGAGAUGUCCCUAGGAAUGUCUACAAAUUUUGGAUUAGUAUACUGAUUUAUUAGAGUCAACAUUCUGGUUCCUGUGGUUCCAGGUAACAAGAUAUUAUACAUGUGUAAGGCGUGUGUCAAGUAAUCACGACUCUCAAGGGUGCGGGUCGUGCAAUUCCUAGUAGUGUGCUGUAACCAUAGUCGACGGCGGCUUGACGACUAUAACGGCUUUCCUUCGGCGGCUGUGGAAAUAUCUAUGCACAUUCCUGAAAAGAGCCUUUCAUCAAUCGGCUCCAGGGUAGCAUGCAGCUCGGGAGAUUUGCCCGGUGUUCAGUACUGAUGGAGUAAGAGUUAUACGACAUAAAAAAGACAUGUUUCAUGGCUUAGCUGAACUCAUGUAUGCGCAGCUAGUGCUCAACCUUAUCAAGCUGAUGUAAUUAUGGACAAGUAUGCGCAAUGGGGUCACGGCUUU